GCUCCCACUAGAUCUCGCUGGGGCUGAUCUGCUGGAGUGUGGUGUGUUUGAACAGCUUGGUAAACUUACCGACGUCCCAAAAGAAAAUAGCACUAAACAACGAGGAGGAUUACAAAAUGUCCAGUGUAACUAAAAGGCAAUCUUCUUCCUACAAAAGGAUGUUUGGUGGAGAGAGACCUACCGUCUCUCGUACUUCUUACUCAAGCCGCCAAUAUUCCAGUCCGAUUCGAUCCAGGGUGUCCUACAGCGUGUCUUCUGCCCCGGCCAUCUAUGCGACCAAAACCACUAGGCUCCGGAGCAGCGCUCCGAUGCCCAGGCUGUCGACGGACGCUUUAGACUUCGCCUUGUCCGAUGCCAUUAAUACUGAAUUUAAAGCCAACAGAACCAACGAAAAGGCGGAGAUGCAGCACCUUAACGACAGGUUCGCCAGUUAUAUCGAAAAGGUGCGCUUUCUGGAGCAGCAAAACAAGAUCCUGCUAGCAGAGCUGGAGCAGUUGAAAGGCAAGGGGACCUCGCGCAUUGGAGACCUCUAUGAAGAUGAGAUGAGAGAGCUUCGUAGACAAGUGGACCAGCUUACCAACGAGAAAGCCAGGGUGGAGGUCGACCGGGAUAACCUAGCUGAUGAUAUCCAGAGGCUAAGGGAGAAAAUCCAGGAUGAAAUGCUUCAGCGAGAGGAAGCAGAGAACAACCUGCAGAGUUUCAGACAGGAUGUUGACAAUGCAUCUCUGGCCCGUCUGGAUCUGGAACGUAAAGUGGAGUCCCUGCAGGAAGAAAUCGCCUUUUUGAAGAAACUCCAUGAUGAAGAAAUAGCUGAGCUGCAAGCCCAGAUUCAAAAUCAGCACGUCCAGAUUGACAUGGAUGUGGCCAAACCAGACCUCACUGCGGCUCUCCGUGAUGUACGCACACAGUAUGAAACUCUGGCAUCGAAGAACAUUUCUGAAGCUGAAGAUUGGUACAAGUCCAAGUUUGUGGACCUUACGGAUGCUGCUGCCCGUAAUAAUGAAGCCCUUCGCCAGGCCAAACAGGAGUCCACUGAGUAUCGCCGGCAGGUGCAAGCUCUCACCUGUGAAGUGGAUGCACUCAAGGGAACCAAUGAGUCUCUGGAACGGCAGAUGCGUGAGAUGGAGGAAAACUUUGCCCUGGAAUCCUCCAACUACCAGGACACCAUUGCCCGCUUGGAGGAUGACAUCCAUAACAUGAAAGAUGAGAUGUCGCGUCACCUGCGCGAGUACCAGGACCUGCUUAAUGUAAAGAUGGCUCUGGACAUAGAGAUAGCUACCUACAGAAAGCUUCUGGAAGGAGAGGAGAGCCGAAUCACCACCCCACUUCCUACCUUUGCCUCACUAAAUCUAAGAGAAACCAGCCUUGAAUCCAGGCCCAUGAUUGAUUCCUUUUCCAAGAAGGUUGUGAUAAAGACCAUUGAAACCAAAGACGGCCAUGUGAUUAAUGAAUCUACCCAACACCAAGAUGACCUGGAGUGAAUUGACAUGUCCCUACAAAAAAAAAGCUACAAUGGAAAAGUUUUGCAAGGAUAAAUUGAAUUACCGAAGCUUUUUUUGAAAUGGGGAAAACUGCUUUAAAGUGCCUUUUUUGCAAUAAUCUGGAGUGCUGGUUAGUAAGCGGAGCAGGUGUUAGAUUUCAUACCAUUCACUGACUAGUUUACAUUCAGUCAAGUGCCUUUUCCAUUCAGAUUAAACAAUGCAGAAAGAUAUUGCUUCUGUAUGUCAAUAAACUUCGUGGGCAAAGUCA